GUUUCUUUUCCUGUGUGUAUGUUCAAAGAAGAUAGAUAGAUAGAUAGAGAACAAGACUGAGAGAGAGAAAAAAAAAGACAGUGUUAAAUCUACACUCUUCCUUGGUGGAGUUUUGAAUCUAUCCAUUUAUAUAUCUUCUGAGAGAGAGAAGAAAAAUAUCAAAACUUUAUUUUUAUUUCUCUCUGUUUUACCUAAAAGUUUCUGUCUUUGGGUUUCAUGAAGUUUCACUCUUGGUGAUUAUUGUAUUGUGGAAGCUAAAGCCGUUGAGUUUAAGUUGCAGAUCUUGAGGUUCUCAAGUAUUGUGUGAUGGAAGAAGUGAAGGGACAAAGAGGAAAUGGAACCAGUGAUGCAGAUUUUGUGCUGCAAUGGGGUGAGAGGAAAAGAGUUAGAUGCAUGAAAGUGAAGAAAGAUCAAAGCCGCAAGUCAACUGAUUGUUUGUCUAAUAAGCGCAAACUCAUUUCUCGUGCUGUCUCUUCUGAGAGAGGCUCUCCUUCUCGUCAUCUUAACCGUCCAAACAAGGUUGUAGAUUCUCCUAGUAAUGUGAGGAGAUCGUUUGUGGCGUCGCCUGAGAAGGAAGAUAGGUACUACACAACGAGGGGUUCAAUGGGUACAGAUGAGAGUGGGAAGAUUAUAAAAGAACCUGUGAAGGAGACCAAGAAGCAUGUGUGGCCAAAGUUGUUUAUAACUUUGUCAAAUAAGGAGAAGGAAGAAGAUUUCUUAGCUAUGAAAGGGUGCAAGCUUCCUCAAAGACCCAAGAAACGAGCCAAAUUGGUUCAGAAGACAUUGCUUCUGGUGAGUCCAGGUACUUGGUUAUCAGAUCUUUGCAAAGAGAGGUAUGAAGUAAGAGAGAAAAAGACUUCAAAGAAGCGACCAAGAGGGUUGAAGGCAAUGGGGAGCAUGGAAAGCGAUUCAGAGUGAAGAAGAGUUGAACUAAAGAAACAUUCAAGAUUUUGGUGAAGGCUAGAAGGAAGAAUCUGUUUGUUUCUUUCAUUGCAUUUUGAGAUGCUCUCUCUCUCUCUCUCUCUCUCUCUCUCUCUCUUCAUCACAUGUCAACAACUAUGAGGCAUUUGUAUUUUUUCCUGAAUGUUUUGCUUUCUGAAGCUAAUCUACAAGUCUUUCCUAAUCAAAAUCUCUUCUUAUUAUUGCUUUAAUAAUUUA